AUGUUGCGAAGACAGGCAAGACUUCGUAGAGAAUAUCUUUACAGAAAAUCAGUUCAAGAUAAAUUAAAAAGUAUUCAAGAAAAAAAAGAAAAACUUAAACGUAGCCUGGAAGAAAAUAUACCAAUACAUCCAGACCUAAGAAAAAAUGCCUUGAAUAUACAGAAACAAUUAGCUUGGGAAGAUGCUGGACCUGAAAUGGCUGUUGCAGUUGGUACAGAAAUGGGAGGAACUUUAGGAUCUCAUGAAGAUGAUGAGUAUCGAUGGGCUGGAGUUGAAGAUCCAAAAAUUAUAAUCACAACUUCUCGUGAUCCAAGUUCCAGAUUAAAAAUGUUUGUUAAAGAAUUACGAUUAAUAUUUCCCAAUUCUCAAAGAAUGAAUCGAGGAAACUAUGAGAUGAAACAAUUAAUUCAUGCCUGCAGAGCAAACGAUGUUACAGACUUCAUAAUUGUACAUGAACAUAGAGGUGUGCCUGAUUCUCUUAUUAUUUGUCAUCUACCUUAUGGACCCACUGCAUAUUUUACAAUGUCGGAUGUUAUAAUGAGACAUGAUAUACCAGAUAUUGGAACAAUGUCUGAACAAUAUCCUCAUCUUAUAUUUCAUAAUUUUAAAACAAAUUUAGGUGAACGUGUCAUGAAUAUUUUAAAGUAUUUAUUCCCAGUACCAAAGGAAGAUAGCAAAAGAAUAAUGACUUUUGCUAAUCAUGAUGAUUACAUAUCAUUUCGCCAUCAUACCUAUAAAAAGGGUCAUGGAAAAGACAUUGAAUUAACAGAAGUUGGACCCAGGUUUCAGUUGAAACUGUUUGAAAUUAAAUUAGGCACUUUAGAUGCAGAAGCUGCAGCUGAUACAGAAUGGGCAUUAAGACCUUACAUGAAUACUAGUCAUAAGAGAAGAUUUUUAUCAGAUAUAGAUGGAUGGCAACAAGAGGAUGAUAUUUGA